AUGAACUACUUUCAUCAAGCAUUAGAGAAAUCAAAGGAAGUUGCAAGUGCAAGUUUUGAAUAUCUCCAAGAGACUGUUCCACCUGCACUAGACAAGGGAUUGGAAAAGAGUAAAGAGUUUGGUGGUAUUGCCAAGGAAAAGUUGGUUGAAGGAUACCACAUCUCAAAGGAAAAGGCAUCUCAAGCAUCUGAAAUCAUAAAAGAAAAGGCACAAGGAAUGAUGGGUCACAACCAAGACACUACCAGUGUCAUUGAUCAAGAUAACUCUCAUCCAACCAACUUGUUCCCACAAAAUGAACCAAACUUGAAUCAUCAACAAAAACCAUCCUCAAUGAAAAUGCAAGAACCACCAAUGCAAUCGUAUCAACAAUCUGCUCCACCAACAGUCCCUUCACAACCUCCUUCCCAAUAA